AUGGUGCUAGAGCUGCUUGCGUGUCACGUCCCUUUCUACGUUCAUGGAGAGGCCGUCCAAACCUUACAUUCAGUAUGCACUGGUGUGAAGAUACUCGAGAUUGUUUUGCAUUCGUAUGAUUUCAAGCUCUAUAAUGUUGAUAGCUGGCUUCAGACUGCUGUUACACCUGGGAUUGAAGAGCUCACUCUCAGACACCUGGAGGUGCUUGAGUGCACAAGUCUGAAGGUGAUAGAGAGAGAAGCUCCAAACCUCUCCAGUUUUCAUUUCAGUCGUUACUGCCUAAUACAAAUAUCACUUGGAGUGGCAUUGGAAUUGAAGAAGCUCACCAUGUCAUGCCCUGGUGCUGUCUGUUACGCUCGUGCUGAUCUUCCGUCCAGCUUGCCAAAUAUUGAAGCUCUUUCCCUAAGUUCAGUGAAUGAGGAGGUCAACACACCAAUGCUGCCUAGCAAAUUCUUACACCUCAAAUAUUUGAAUAUUGAUCUUGCUGCAAUGACAUUUUCUCUGGCCUAUGAUUAUUGUUCUCUGAUAUCCUUUCUUGACGCUUCUCCUUCUUUGGAGACAUUCAUCUUGAAUGUGUUACAGGUAAACAUGGAGCAUGAGUCAGUCACGGGAGAUACUUCAAAUUUGAGGCAGAUGCCAGGAUACCAUCAUGAAAACCUUAAGACAGUGGAGAUCAUUGGUUUCUCCUCCGCGAAGAGCUUAGUUGAGCUGACAUGCCAUAUAAUUGAGAAUACGGCGUCACUUGAGUGCCUUACAUUGGACACCACACAAGGACACAAUCAUUGGGGCAGGUGUUCAUCCAACAAAUCUGGCAUGUGUUCCCCGAUGCGCCUGUUUAUGCCGGGGGCUCAUAAAGGGCUUUUGGCUAUUAAGACAUAUGUCGAGCCAAAAAUUCCAUCCGGAAUCAAGCUAACUGUUGUGGAGCCUUGCAACCGAUGCCAUGAUCUUGAACUUGCUGGACGUUGGUGA